GGACAUAAUCGAAUGGUGCAAAUGAUACAUGAUAUUUGCAUUUAAAGAGAAAAUCGUCUAGCAGUCCGCCAGUAUUUUAGGAUAAAUGUUCACUUUAACGCCCAUCGUUUCAAUUCACACUAGAGGAGGAAGCAAGAAAAUUAAAUGUACAAAGAGAGAUAACCAAUCUGUUUCAUAUUGCUAUUUCCAGGAAGCAGUUGUCUGCGUUGCUCGACAUUACAGAAAGCUAUUUUACAACGAAAAACAGAGAUGUCAUUGAUUGGUAGUGUUAUGAAUCCGCCUAUCCCUUAUAUAGGUAGUAUUCCUGGAGGGAAGUUGACCCCAGGAUUUCAGAUUGUAAUUCAAGGUGUUACUCCUGGCCAUUCUGAGGGCUUUUCCUUCAAUUUAGCGUAUGGAUCAGCUAUUGGAGUACCUCGCUCUGACACUGCUCUGCAUUUCAACCCAAGGUUUACUCAGAAUUGUGUCGUGAGAAAUUCUUACAAAAAUAACAACUGGGCUGGUGAGGAGAGACAAAAUGGAAUGCCAUUCACAAAAAACACUCCUUUUGAAAUUAUUGUCAGUGCAGAUGUUAAUUGUUACAAAAUUUCAGUAAACAAGAAACAUUUUUGUGAUUUUCAACAUAGACUCCCCAUAAAUGGAGUCAGUACAUUUACAGUUGAAGGCACGAUAAAUGUCAGCUCAAUCCAGUUUAUUGCUCCAAAUAUGCCAUCUGUUCCUGCUCCUGCACCAUUCAUGAAUUACCCUCCUAUGCAGCCACCUGUACCAUUAAUUAAUCCUGCAAUGCCGCUGACAACAAUGGUACCAAAUGGACUACACCCUGGUAAAAUGAUCUAUAUCUCUGCCACACCAGUAGCUGCUGAUAGAUUUACAAUUAACUUACAAGAAGGUUCAUACCCAGAUUGUGAUAUUGGAAUGCAUUUUGAUGUGCGCUUUAAUACUGGUUCAGAUAUUAAUCAGAUUGUACGUAAUAGCAAGUCACGUGGUGCAUGGGGACAGGAAGAAAGAUCUAUCCCAUACUUCCCAUUUGCAGGAUAUGUGCCCUUUGAAAUGAUUAUUUUAUGUGAAAAUGGAUGUUUUAAGGUGGCAGUAAAUAACCAGCAUUUCCUGGAAUUUCGACACAGAUUGACACCAUUUACCAGAUUUAACACUCUGAAUAUCAGUGGAAAUGUUACUGUCCAACAAGUCAGAUUCCAGUAAUACCUCAAAUAAGCAACAGUAGAAAAACAAACUGUACAGUAUCAGCAUUUAUUUCUUAUUUUGUAACAAAAUAUGCAGAUCUUAUAUCAGAUUAUAAACAAUCUUCUGUAUUUUUUAAAUAAAAUUAUGAAUAGAACAUAUUUAUUCAUGACACCAUAAAAUAGUUUGUUGUUUUGAAAGUUUUAAUUUCAAGUUUAAAAUUUUCGUAUUUUGAUAUUAAAUAUUGCAAAUGUUUGGAAACAGAUAAUAUUUUUUACCAAACUAUAUUUUGAUAUAGUUUGAAAGUAUAUCAUAUGCAAUUGAAAUGGAAAGAUUGUAAAAUCCAAAAGUUUUUUUUAUUUUAUGAUGCCAAGCUAGCUAGCUUUGUCGUGCUUUUUGUGUCAGCAUGAAGAAUUUUCAUAUUGAUAAACAUUUUAUUUGAUUAUAUUAUUUAUAAAACAUUUUGUGAUUACUGAUGCUUGAUUUUAGCACUUAUUUACUCCUUUGAUUACAUUUGUGUAGAAAAUACUAUGAAAAAACAUUUGAUGACCAAUCAUGAACAUACGUGAUAACUUUAACUGUCUUUUCUUUUUUACAUGGUGAUUUAAUUUUCAUAACACAAUAACUUUUUUCUCUAAAUACCUUUAGACCAAUGACCUUGAACAUUGUUGAAGAUGUUUUGUAAAGAAAAGUAGAAUAAAUAUUAAUUUGACUUACUUUUCAUGCUGUAGUGAUGAUUAGGUAGCUUAUCAGAAGUGGCUGACAGGAACUAUUUUCAUACAACCACAAAUUUACCAGUAUGCAUUUUUAUUAUGUUAUUGUUAUCUUCUUUGUUCCUCUGUAGACAAAAUAUUAUUUCACUAUCCUUGUAAAUUUUUAUAAAGUGCCCCUCAGCACAAACCAAAGUCAGGUAUUGCUUUUGAACCCAAUCAAUUUUUUAAUCCAAAAGUAAGAGAGAAAACAGUAUUUUCCUUUUAUUGUUUAAUUUCAUUGUCAGAUUUUGAUGUAGCUUUUUGUGAUAUGCAUUAAGUAUUCCUAAGAUGUAAUAAUUUUUUUGUAAUAUAUCUUCCUACAUUUCCAGUCAGAUUUAUGGAAGUGCUUAGGCUCUGAUUUUCAGUUGUCAAAGAGGGAAUAAUUCACACUUUCAUUCCCUCAAACAUGAAUGCGAUUUAUUUUUCAUUGGCUUCCUCCAGACAAGAACCUUGUGAGAUGUGUACAAGAAAAUAACAGUAUAUACAGUUUUUCAUUUCACCUAAAAAAAAGUAAUCAUGUUAUUUAUUUUUUCAAUGUUGCUUGCAUGUAUUAGAUUUUAUCACUUGUUACACAUCACUUUAUUCAUACGAUGCCUUACAUUACAUAUAUUGAAAGAUGCGAUGCCAUUAUCAAUAUUCUAUUGUCAUAACAUGAAAGGUUUUCAAUGAAACUUCAGUGAUGUAUUUUAUACAGUAUAUGCCCGAACAAGUGUCCUAGGUUUAGACCUUCUUGUCCUCUUUUCUUGUCAUUCUGAUUAGUAAUUGAAGAUGCAGUUCUUAUAACAUUAUUACAAAAACUUAUAAAGCAGUAGAGAAAACAUUUUUCCUUUCCUUAUAAAGCAGUAGAGAAAACAUUUUUCCUUUCCUUAUAAAGCAGUAGAGAAAACAUUUUUCCUUUCCUUUUGGGGGGAUUCAUAUACUAUAUCAGAGACAUAUAACAAACAAGAUAGGCAACUCCCUUUAAUGGCAAUAUAAUCCAUUGAAAUGGCAUACAGCAUUUUAAUUAUUUUUAAAACUAUUUUUCAUAUACAGACAUAUUACUUUUCUUUUUUUUUCUUUUUCUGGAUAUGGUUUAAAAUAUUUGAAAACAUAUCUUAGGAAAUAAAUAUUUUAUGAUUAUAGAAAGUCGAAAAUUGACAGAAAAAAUGAAAAUUUAAAGAGGUGACAGAAAGAGGGGCAGUGUUGGUAUAGCUUAUACAACUUUUUCUUUUUGAUAGUAUGAAUAUGAUGUUAUAAAAAAAUGAAAUCUAAAUAAUUUCUUGAUAGUAUUGAAGGUAUUAUUUAAAUUUUUUGGGGUGAUUUUUGAGAAAAUAAAGAGUUUAAUUUGUACUUAAACAUUUUCAAUGAAAUCAUGAGGGCUGUAUUGUAUCACAUGACUUCUCAUAGUUGCUGAUCUCUUGUAUUGUCUGUCUCUGACCACAUCCAUAUUUAUCCAUUAUGAUUAUCCUUUAAAAAAAAUUAUGAAUAUUUUUUAUUGAUCGAUAAAAUGUUUUUAUAAUUUUUUUGCCUCUCUUUGUUUUUUUGGUUUAAAGUUCAUGUAUAUUAAGUUAUAAUAGUCCUACUAUGUAACAGCUCUUGGUCAUUCUUUACUGUAAAUAUGUUUCUACUCUAAAUAAUAUUUAGUUAAUUAAUGUCAUAUUGAUGGCAGUUAAUUGUUGUUUCAAUGUCUAGUGUAUGCUACUUUUUUAAAUGCAUAAUUGCAUUCAUCCCUAAACAGUCAGUAAGUUAGAUUUAUAUUAGUUAUUUUAUGUUGCUUGUUAUAAUGAACUGUUAUUGAUCAAUUACCAAUAAAUAUGUUAGUUAUAA